CAUGGUGGUCGGAGAUGAGAAUGCGAGCGGAGAAUCUGAUGCAGACUGCGGCAAGAUCCGGGUUAUGAACUAUCUGUCCCCUAAGCUAGUCAAUGCGGUCGUUGCUCGUCUCACUGAUUCGCAAAAGAGGCUUUUCGCUGAGAAGGACUUUGGUGCCAUGCUGUCCCUUUUGGGGAUGCUAAAUAUAGACCGUCAGUACAGUUUCUGGAACGCAACUAGGAUAGAUCCGAUUAGGAGAACCGUUCGUAUGGGCGAUGGCAGUUCCCGGCCAGUGACAUCUAAUGCUAUAAGGGAUGUGGUCGAUCUGGGUACGGGCGACAGGGAGAUCCCCUUCCCGCAUGAGCCUAGCUGUGUCGAUCGUGAUGUCUUGAGGGAUGUGUGUGCCGGUCUGGGUCUGGAUGCAUCGGUAGAUAGGAUCACAUUCAGAAUGCUAGAGUCGGUGCUUGCUUCCCUAGGCGAUCUAAGUGUUGAAUUUGAGGCCAACAGGCAGUGUGCUGCGUUCGCUCUUCUCUGUACUGCUUGUUUGUUCAACCCUAAAGCAAAUCGGAGGGAGGAUCCAAUAAGCCCUGAGGUGUUUGUUGCUGUGCGUGAUCCAUCAAAGAUGUUCGAGUUUGACUGGUGUGGGUACAUAAAAGCUGUAAUAAUGGCUGGUGUGAGAAAAAUGCGAGAAGAUCUUGAAGCCGGUGCAACUAUGGUGCACUUGCAAGGGUUCCUGAUGGUGCCUCAGGUGAUUGCAUUUGAUGCGAUGGUUGCUGGGCGGGGUUUGCAACCUGGGCGACACCGGAUGACGGUGUAUGAUGCUGAGGACUUCCGGCUGCUUGCUGCUCUUGACUCUGAUCGUCUAAGCAAUGGAGGGCACAAGAUGUACGGCAGAGCUAAGGUACUUGACAUUUUACGGGAUUAG